GGCGCCCGGCGAACGGGGCCGCUCACGGUUCAUUUGAAUCUUUAUUUGGCGCUUAGCCUUCGCGCUAACAUGAACACGACGCGAUCGUCCAUCGAGGUGAUCGGAAUCGUAAGCGCUGUUUUGCGGGGCUUGAACAUCAAACGCUCGUCUGACGUGUUCCGACGCGAUGCGCGAUACGACUGACGGCCCGCUGCGACUUGUGCGCCGCUAACGAGUGACGACGAUGACGAGAGCGGAGGAAACGUCAUGAAACAAUAAUCGGAGUGAGCCGCGAGACGAGAGGCGCCGCGCCGAGAUCCGUUCGGACGGAACGCGCGCGUUGACGACAUCGGAUGCAGCGCGGCGGCGCAGUCACGUGCUCGGAGGCCUCCGCCGCGAUUGGCCACCGGCCGGCCUCUGCGGACAUGCGGAAGCGGCGGCGGACGUCGACCGCCGCGCUGCGGGAGGAGCGCGACGCGAGCGGAGACCCGGACGGAGACCGAGAGACGUCGCGGCCCGCGGAGGCUGCCGAGCUCCACUCGCCGACAACACCGUCGAGGGGCGGCGUGAUGUCCAAGGCGUGGCGCGCCGCCCGCUGGCUGCUGCUGGUCUACGUGUGCGUGCCCUUCGUCGUCAAGCUGUGUCCGUCCAUUCAGGCCAACUUGGUCUUCCUCAACUUCGUGAGGUCGCCCUUCUUCCUGGACCUCAAACGACCUUCGGACGUGGGCCUCGACCACACGCUCAACUUCUACCUGCGGCCUGAACGGACGCUCAGCAUCGGCGUGUGGCACACCGUUCCUUCGGACAUGCGGCCAGAAGCUGAAGGCAAAAGCCAAGAAUGGUUUGAAUCCGCACUAAGCUCCGCCCACCCGGCCAUCCUCUAUCUCCAUGGAAACACGGGAACCAGAGGCGGCGACCACAGAGUCGAACUGUACAAGGUCCUCAGCUCGUCGGGCUACCACGUGCUGGCGUUCGAUUACCGAGGCUGGGGCGAUUCUCAGGGGUCGCCGUCGGAGGGCGGGAUGACGUCGGACGCCCUGUUCGUGUACCGGUGGCUGAAGGAGAGACGGGGCGGAGGUCCGGUGUACGUCUGGGGUCACUCGCUGGGAACGGGCGUGGCCACCAACCUGGUCAGACGGCUGUGCGACGGAGGGAGCGCCCCCGACGCGCUCAUCCUGGAGAGUCCUUUCACCAACAUCAGAGAGGAGGCCAGGAGUCACCCCUUCGCCACGCUGUACAGACACCUGCCCGGAUUCGAUUGGUUCUUCCUGGACGCCAUCACCGCCAACGACAUCCGCUUCGCCAACGAUGACAACGUGAAUCACAUCUCGUGCCCAGUGUUGAUCCUUCACGCCGAGGACGACCACGUGGUUCCGUUCCACCUGGGGAAGCAGGUAAGGCGCCGGCUCCGGCGGGGGUCGCCGCGCGUCUCCAGUCACGCCGCCUGCGGGCUCUCCCCUCAGCUGUACGAGACGGCGGUGCGUUCGCCGAGCCUCGACGCUCACAAAGUCCAAUUUGUGGCCUUCCCCUCGUCGCUGGCCUACAAGCACAAGUUCAUCUACAGGAGCCCCCGGCUGCCCGCCAUCCUCAGCGAUUUCCUGGGCGCGCGUCGUCCGGCCGAAGAAUGACGCCCGACCGGCUUUGGACGAGCCGGCUGCCGCGUUUCGAUGGAAGCGCGACACCUCCAGAAUGAAUUUUGUUUUCAUCCGAUUCUAAUUUCCUGCUUACGAUGCGUACGACUGUUACGCAAUAAAAUAUUUAUGCUUUUAACUCAAACUUGUGUUAGACUGACAUGAAAGUAGCAAAGGUAAAUGUGCAAAGUGCAUCGCUUGUUGCCAAGGCGACCAGUCACAAGUUGAACACCGGCUUCGUUCCAAAAACUAACCCGAAAGUCCGAAACGGCUGAUGCAGCGAGUCGCGCUUUGACGAGUGUCAACUGAAUCGUGUCGGUCCUUCUUUUUUUCUUCAACGCACACGAAAACAACUUCCCGACAAAGGGUUGCCGUAACUUUGAAAAGUACCGGUUCUGAUCAAGGACCAUCGACGGGAUUUGGGUCCGGACCUAAAGCGUCGCAACCGCUGCGAGCAUCGCAAUUGACGGACGUUCGCCGUCGGCUCAUUGGCGAGAACGGCGGUCCGACGCGCACGCAUAAAUGCGCUGACGCAAACGGAUGCCGUCUUGAGGGCUACUUUAUCCCGGGAAGUAAUCAGAUUACAGUUACUUCAUCAGCCCACCGACAGUUACCAUUGCGUCCGUCUGUCCGCCUGCCUUCAAGCUUUUUUUGGAAAAUGCUCAUUUCCGCAUUUCGAGAAGUUUUACUGGCGCGCUGAGCGUGCAAUGCAUUGUGGGUGCGCGGCCACGGAGGGUCGGGACUGACCCGCCGAAGGGCCGUGAAAAAUGAGAGCUUUCAGUGUCGUGCGUUGCCGUUGACGCGAGGAAGCGUGACCCACCCCACCCCCAUUUUUUACGUAGCACAACUCUACAUAAUUGAUUCA